CAUACGCCACUACAAGCUGUUGCAUAAAAGCCAAUACUUCUUAUGAAAGAGACACCUCACCACAUGAUAAGAAGCUAAGAAAGUCAGACUCGAAUGACAACAACCCAUUUAAGUUUAGAUUGUUAUAAUAUCUAAUGUUGUUAAACUUCCCAAGAUAACCCUAUCAUCUCCCCUAAACACCCCUACUGCAUGUAAGCAAAUAACAAAAAUAAAACAAAACAAUGAAGAGUCUUUUCAGUAAACCCGCCACAAACCUGGAUUGUGGGUUCCCUCACACGCAAUUACCAACUACAGCUCCCUGACUUUGAAACAGUCCUCCAUUUCCCUCUCCUCCAAAUCUUCUAUAAGGUUGGACCUCCAUCUCUUCCCUCUGUUGUCUCCCUUCUUUCUAGCUCUUUAAGUGCUCUCAAAGGGGCGCGUGAAAGAGAGGGAUGGGUUGCUCCUUCUCUUGCAGAUCAUCACAGCCGUUCCAUGGCGUGCGGGUGAUCCACAUCAACGGCUACGUGGAGGACUUCGCCGGGCCGGUGACGGCGGGCCAGGUCACGGGGAGGCCCCCGAAGCACGUGCUCUUCUCCGCGGCCCACCUGCUCUCGCCGGGCUCCCGACCGCUCCAGCCCGACGACGUGCUCGAAGCGGGCCGGAUCUACUUCCUCCUCCCCCACUCCGUUUUCCAGUCGGACUCGUCGCCGGUGGACCUGGCCUCGCUCAUGACCCGGCUCACCGCCAUCGCCCGGCGGGGCGGGCCGGCCCCGGCCGGUGGCCCACCGCCGACCGGUGGGUUGGGGAAUCUUGGGCCGGGAAUCGAUGGGCCGUGGCGGUCGAGGGCCCGGACGUGGAAGCCGGAGCUGGACCCGAUCGAGGAGCGCUCUCUGGGGCGGUCCAUGGGGAGGGACUCCUACAGCAGCUCCAGCCCCGAUCGGAAACGUGAAGUGGUCGCAGGUUGGGAAUAUCCCAUCCGGUUUGUGCAAUGACUUUUGUUUGCACGUGUGUAGAUCUCCACACGUGUGUAGGUUUUGGGUGUUCUGACAUGGAUGGGUUGUUUUUUUUGUAAAUAAUAUGUGAAUUUGCGUGA